CGCAGUUAGAGAGGCGUGACACACUGCCUUCACACUCAAACCCACUCAAGGCGCAGAGCGAUCCAACCGACUCGGAGCUCUCCCCUGCAAAACAUUUGUACUCGGAAUAACACACGGAGGUUGAACUCUGUCGGACUGAACUCAAAUGAUCGAUAAUCGAUAAAAGAUUAGCAAGAGUGAAUAUUCUUUCGGUUUUUACAGAAGACUUUCUUUCUCUACCCGCUGCUGCUGAUUUUUUAAAGGAGCAUAUCUUCGGAUUCUACUUUCUUCAGGAUAUAUGACUGGAAUCAGUGUGGGGUUAUUUGACUGACAGGCGCAAACUAGGGUUGUCUGCUAUUCCUGUGUGUUUGGUCCCUGACAGACCAUGUUGCCAUUUGGAUGGUUGGUCCUGGAGACCUUGACGGUCUUCUUGCUAGUGACCCAUCCCUCACACAGCAACCCCGUCUCAGCUCCUAGAGUUUUCCUGUCCUUCAAAGAGCUCAGGUCCACUGGAACAGCCCACCACUUCUCCUUCCUGCUCAACUCCACUGACUACCGCAUCCUGUGCAUGGACGAGGACCAUGACCGCAUGUACGUGGGCAGCAAGGACUACAUGCUGUCCCUGGACCUGCAUGACAUCAACAAGGAGCCCCUCAUAAUUCACUGGCCUGUCCCUCCUCAAAGAAAGACAGAAUGUGUUCUGUCUGGCAAGGACAGCAAUGGGGAGUGUGGAAACUUCAUUCGACUGAUCGAGCCAUGGAACAGGACUCACCUGUAUGUGUGUGGAACCGGAGCCUACAAUCCUGUCUGCACCUAUGUUGACCGGGGCCGAAGGUCACAGACUCUGUACAGCGAGCAGGCGGCCAGGGCAGGGGGCAGGACCAGCCGAGCCGCAGAUCUGGAAGGAACAGCUGAACCCACCGUGCCAAAGGAAUACAUUUUCCGUUUGGAGCCUAGCAAGGUGGAAUCUGGGAAAGGGAAAUGUCCCUAUGACCCUAAACUCAAUAGUGUCUCCUCCCUUAUCAAUGGGCAGCUCUACACAGGCCUCUACAUUGACUUCAUGGGCACAGACUCAGCCAUCUUCCGCACAAUGGGCAAACACACCACUAUGCGCACUGACCAGUACAACUCCCGCUGGCUGCACGAUCCCACGUUCAUCCAUGCCCAACUGAUCCCUGACAGUGCGGAGAAGAACGAUGACAAGCUCUACUUCUUUUUCCGGGAGAAAGCCACUGACAUGGGCCAGAGCCCUGUCACUCAGUCCAGGAUAGGCAGGAUCUGCCUGAAUGACGACGGUGGCCACUGUUGCCUGGUGAACAAGUGGAGCACGUUCCUCAAGGCGCGGCUCAUCUGCUCGGUCCCGGGAGUCGACGGGGUCGAGACCCACUUCGACGAGCUGAGGGAUGUGUUUAUCCAGAAGACACAGGACACCAAGAACCCCGUCAUCUAUGGAGUCUUCUCUGUCUCUGGGUCUGUGUUCAAGGGCUCCGCCGUGUGUGUGUACUCCAUGGCGGAUGUGCGCAUGGUGUUCAAUGGACCCUUUGCUCACAAAGAGGGACCAAACUACCAGUGGGUCGCCUACACAGGAAAAAUACCAUAUCCUCGACCAGGGACAUGCCCAGGAGGGACUUUCACCCCCAACCUUCAGUCCACCAAAGACUACCCAGACGAGGUCAUCAACUUCAUGCGCAACCACCCCACCAUGUACAACGUUGUGUACCCAGUGCACAAGCGCCCCCUAGUGGUCAGGACAAACGUGGACUACGAGUUUACCACCAUCACCGUGGAUCAGGUGGCCGCCGCGGACGGAAACUACGAAGUGCUGUUCCUGGGGACUGACAGAGGAACAAUUCAGAAGGUUAUUGUUCUUCCCAGAGAUGACCUUCAGACAGAGGAAUUAGUGCUUGAGGAGGUGGAGGUCUUCAGAGUUCCAACUGCAAUAACCAGCAUGAAGAUUUCUCCCAAAAGGCAACAGCUGUAUGUGGGCUCGGCGGCGGGCGUCACCCAUCUGGUGCUGCACCGCUGCGAUGUGUACGGCGAGGUCUGUGCCGACUGCUGCCUGGCCAGAGACCCUUACUGCGCCUGGGACGGCAAAUCCUGCUCCCGCUACUCCGCCUCGCAGAAGAGAUCUGACCCCUCCAGGCGCAGCCGUCGGCAGGAUGUAAAGUACGGCAACCCCAUCAGACAGUGCAGAGGCUACAACUCCAACGCUAAUAAGAACACCCUGGAGAUGGUGCAGUAUGGAGUGGAGGGAAGCACCGCCUUCCUGGAGUGCCAGGCCAGGUCCCCUCAUGUGUCAAUCAAAUGGCAUCUCCAGAAGGAGAACAGCGACAGGAAGAAAGAGCUGCGCUGUGACGGGCGUGUGGUGCGGACGGAGCAGGGCCUGCUGCUGCGCUCGCUGCAGAUGUCCGACAGCGGCGUCUACCAGUGCACCUCCACCGAGAACAACUUCAAGCACACGCUGGUCAAGCUGCAGCUGCUGGUGCUGUCCUCGCGCACGGCCAACGCCGCCCUGGCCGAGGCCCACCAGCACCAGCCACAGGGCGCCGCCACCGCCUCCGGCCCCCAGGCCCCGGUGCUCACUCACCCGCCCUCCUCCAGCGCCUGGACCCCCACGGCCGAGCAGUACAAGGACCUGCUGACCCUGCUGAGCCAGCCCGAGAUGAGCCUCAUCAACCAGUACUGCCAGGACUACUGGCAGCACGGCGAGCCGAUCCCACUGGUCGGCGGGCCCCAGGGUGGGGUCGGCGGCGGCGGAGGCGGAGGCGGAGGUGCCGGCGGUGGUGGAGGCGCUGGCGGUGGCGGCGUCAUCAAGCGCAAGGAUCUGAAGGAGCUGAGGGAGCAGCGUAAGCCCCGCAACCGGCGCCACCAUGAGGGCAAGAGCAGCGUCACCGAGACAUGAGGGCCGACAGGGACACUCCAGCGCGUACAUGAACAUACAGCCACACACAGUCACACCACAACAGCCCCAUGUCUUCUCUGUCUCUCUCUCCUACACACACACACACACACACACACACACACACACACACACACACACACACACACACACACACAGACUCACACACAUAAACACGUACACACUCAUACACACUGUCUCCCUUCUCUGACUAUGGUGCCAGGAAAAGGCCUCUGAGGAUUCAUGCAUGGAGUAAAACCAGAGAGAGGAGUUGGGGUUGAACAGGCACACGUGGUAUUUAUUGUAGCUUGUAAAUAGUCAAGGUUCUGUGGAUUUUAUUUGUGCUCAGACUGGGUACAUCAUUUUCUUUUUUUGUGUAUAGGUCCUUCUGUGCAAAUAUUUUUUUUGUUAUCAUUGUUAUUAUUAUUCUUAUAUUUAUUAUUAAUGUAGUAAUUCUAUAUCAGAUGGUGUUAUUGUACAAUGAGUGUCCUCUCUCUGAGGGAAUGCGACAGCUCCAUCACAUUUCUGUACCUACAGCGGACUGCAAAAAAGAGACUCAUGUGAAAAUGUGAACCGGCGGAGCCAUUUUGAAAGGGGCUGCAGAAAGGUCAAGGGUCACCGUGAAGUGCACUGCAGACAAGAGAGUGAGAAAGAGAGAGAGAGAGAGAGAGAGAGAGAGAGAGAUAGAGAGACAAACAUGGUUCCCCUUCUUUGCACAGCUGUUCAGGUUCUCAGAGAGACCAUGAGGCAUUUCACUGGACGUGUGGAGAGGAAGAGCUCCCCCUACAGGCAAGAACAUGGCAGUUUAAGGCAAAUUUCCUGUCGCCUGCCACAACAAAACCAAACCGUUUCGGUUACUCUAAAGGCUUCUCUCACCACAAACUUGCUACAAAUCUGUUUUAUUUGAUUUUUUCUCUCUUUUCAUAACACAAGGUAUCCAUUCGUUAGUGUUCUUGUGUAGGUCUCCCACUCUCUCUGCGUCGUUUCUUUUUCUCAGCGUUUGUUUACCUUGCCUGAUCCAGAGUUUUAUUGCAAUGCAAUGUUUGUUGAUUACUGUGUGUAAAUAUUAAUAUUGAUAUAGCUCCUGAUAGACCAUCACCAACCCCCUUGCUGAGAAUGAUCUGCAUUGGAUGAUCUGACACAAGUUUUAGUCCAAAAUAUCAAGGAGUGGGCAUUCUUCCAAGUAUCUACUUAAUACAGCACAAUAGCAUGCUCACUAAUUGGGAGUUUAUGGCAUUAAUAUGGCAGUUGAAGCACUUUUUACAACUUUAAAAAACUCAUCAAGGACAUGGUGUGGGGAAACCAGAAAGCUCAGUUUCUGAUUCCCGUUCAUUAGUUAAACCCCGAACGAAACCAUAGGAAGCUGGCUUUCACUCUGCAUGAGAUGUACAGUUACUGUAAAUAUGUUUAAGAAAUAUUGCCGUAGAUUACGUCUGUGGAACCUCUUUUCUGUCUUUCUUUCAUUUGUGGUGGUGACCAGUGACUUGUACCACAGGGGAAAGCAACCAGGGACUCCCGUGUUCUCAAAGCUAAAAGUGUAACCCUGAAGAGGUGAUUGUAUGGAUCUUCCUCAAGCCUAACUCUUCCUCAUCCCCGGAAGGUCACAACAGAUGGCUGUAAGAGGAAUAUGCGAGAAAGAUGUACUGUUUUUGUAAAGGAAAAAAACACAUUGGUGUGGUUUGUCUCAUUUUGUCCUGUUUGUCUGUUAAAUUUUUAUUUUUUAUUCUUGGGGUUUAGUAAGUUUUUAUGGGAAAUUAAAAUCAAAUCUACAGAGUUGGAUGUACUACACAGUUGAUGUUAUUGUAAUGACUUGACCGUGUACAUUUCUCCCCUCUCUUUGAUGUUGCAAACUGAUUAAAAAAAAUAAAGCUCUAUAUUUUAUAAGAA